CCGACAAUCAUUUUUGCAUAGCAUCUCUAUCAGCGACGACGCGCUUGCAAAAAAAAAAAGGAAUUUAGCCAUUUCCUAUUUUGCGCUGACGAUACGGCGUUAAAAGUAUUGUUGUUUAGCCACAAAUUAACUCUUUUGUUGCCGCUUCGACUUUCGGUCGCGUAUCCGUUGGAAAAAUAUAUUUUCGUAGCGGGCCUAAUUCGUUUCCGUGCACACGUUUUGCCGCUUCGGCUUUUGUUGUUUUGGCGCCCGAAUUUUUCGGCUGCCGACUUUUGACGCAGACUGAGAAAUUGCGUGCCAAGAAGCUCUAAAAUGGUGGAUCGCAGCGAUAAUGCAGCCGAAUCCUUCGACGAUGCCGUCGAGGAGCGCGUGAUCAACGAGGAGUACAAGAUCUGGAAGAAGAACACUCCGUUCCUGUACGACCUCGUCAUGACGCACGCACUCGAGUGGCCCUCGCUGACCGCACAGUGGCUGCCGGACGUGACCAAACAGGACGGCAAGGACUACUCGGUGCACCGCCUUAUCCUGGGCACACACACAUCCGAUGAGCAGAAUCACCUGCUCAUCGCCAGCGUCCAGUUGCCCAGCGAAGAUGCCCAGUUCGAUGGAUCGCACUACGACAACGAGAAGGGCGAGUUUGGCGGGUUUGGAUCGGUGUGCGGCAAGAUUGAGAUUGAGAUCAAGAUCAACCACGAGGGCGAAGUGAACCGGGCGCGGUACAUGCCCCAGAACGCCUGCGUGAUCGCCACCAAGACGCCGUCGAGCGAUGUCCUGGUCUUUGACUACACCAAGCACCCCAGCAAGCCGGAACCAUCGGGCGAAUGCCAGCCCGAUCUGCGACUGCGCGGUCACCAGAAAGAGGGCUACGGCCUUUCGUGGAAUCCCAACCUCAAUGGCUACUUGCUGUCGGCCUCCGAUGAUCACACCAUCUGCUUGUGGGACAUCAAUGCCACACCAAAGGAACACCGGGUCAUUGAUGCCAAGAACAUUUUUACUGGACACACUGCCGUCGUUGAGGAUGUGGCCUGGCAUUUGCUACACGAGUCCCUCUUUGGCUCGGUGGCAGACGAUCAGAAACUGAUGAUCUGGGACACGCGCAACAACAACACCUCAAAGCCCUCGCACACGGUGGACGCCCACACGGCCGAGGUCAACUGCUUGAGCUUCAAUCCGUACUCCGAGUUCAUUCUGGCCACCGGAUCCGCUGACAAGACGGUGGCUUUGUGGGAUCUGCGCAAUCUGAAGCUGAAACUACAUUCCUUCGAGUCGCACAAGGACGAGAUCUUCCAGGUGCAGUGGUCGCCGCAUAACGAGACCAUCCUUGCCUCCUCGGGCACUGAUCGGCGCCUGCACGUCUGGGAUCUGUCGAAGAUCGGCGAGGAGCAGAGCUCAGAGGACGCCGAAGACGGACCGCCCGAGUUGCUCUUCAUCCACGGCGGCCACACGGCCAAGAUCAGCGACUUCUCCUGGAACCCCAACGAGCCGUGGAUCAUCUGCUCGGUUUCCGAGGACAACAUUAUGCAAGUGUGGCAAAUGGCCGAGAAUGUCUACAACGACGAGGAGCCAGAGAUUCCCGCCUCCGAGUUGGAAACCAACACCGCUUAAAGCAUAUGUUGCGCCCCACCCACAACACCUACGAACUAAAACUGCAACUGAAACCGAUUAUGUUUUGGUCGUGCCCAAUAUCCAGCUAUCCAGUAUAUGUGGAAAUGGGUACUCAUUUUAAUUUAUAUAUUACAUAAUUUUAAAAAGUAAUUAAGCUCUCAUUUGUCAGCAAAACGUACGGUCUACGAAUCU